AUGUUGUUGUUAAUGUUUGAAUUUCCUGGUUUUUCUGUGCCUACUGUGCCUUUAGUGCUGAUUCAUAGGAUAUUUGUCUUUGUAUAAUGAAACUGUACCCUAGGCACAUAGCUGUUUGUGUCUGCAUGUGUGCAUGCUUGCAUACACCUGUAUGCUAACAGAUAGUUAAUGAGUAGCAAAUGUUCCAGACAAAUAAUGCAGAGUACCAUCUGUGUGGUCUUGAAUAUGGAGUAUUCCUGGACUGUUUGGUGCAAUGUGUGAAACCAAAACCCUUGGUUGUUGAACGACAAGCAACCCAAAGUUUCAACACGUUUUUGGUGGGUUAAAAUGCUAGGUUGUUUUCUCCUCAACCCCCUGAGUGCUGGGUUUGCACAUCACAUCAAAUAAGCUGAUGUACAGAAAUGGCAAACAUGAGAGAGGCUGUGCACUCGCAUGGUUUAAAGAACCCAUAAAUUGGCAUUGCCUGUGAACCAGGUCAAUAUAGACUCUUUCCUGUGUUGACUAGAUUAGAAAAAUAGUUUUGAUGUCCUCUUAAAUGUGUACUGUUUCCAUGUAAAAACCUGACACUUGCUAAUAUGUCUAAAACAACCUUUCAAAAACUAUCUCUGCAGAGUUUGCCUUACAGCAUGUUUCAAUGUUCUUUCGGUCGGAGCCAAAGUGGGAAGUGGUGGAACCAUUAAAGGAUAUAGGCUGGAGGAUACGGAAGAAGUACUUCUUAAUGAAGAUCAAAAAUCAACCAAAGGAACGGCUAAUGUUAAGCUGGGCUGACCUUGGUCCUGAUAAAUACCUGUCUGACAAAGACCUUCAGUGUGCUGUGAAACUUCUUUCGUCUUGUUCCCAUCCUUAUAUUUACAAAGUCACUUUUGCAACAGCCAACGAAUCUUCUGCACUAGUAAUUAGGCCUUUCAAUGAAAAAGGAACACUAAAAGAUCUGAUAUAUAAGGCAAAACCAAAAGAUCAAUUUCUGAAGAAGUACUGCAACCCUAAGAAAAUUCAGGGUCUUGAACUCCAGCAAAUUAAAAUGUUUGGCAGACAAAUACUAGAGGUCUUAAAGUUCUUGCAUGAGAGAGGAUUUCCAUAUGGCCAUCUUCAUGCAUCCAAUGUGAUGUUGGAUGGAGAUACGUGCAGGUUACUGGACUUAGAAAAUUCAUUGCUGGGACUUCCAUCCUUCUACCGGUCGUAUUUUACACAGUUCCGUAAAAUUAAUACUUUAGAAGGUGUUGACGUGCAUUGCUUUGGUCACUUGCUAUAUGAAAUGACUUAUGGGAGACCGCCAGACUCUGUUCCUGUAGACAGUUUCCCUCCAGCACCAUCCACAUCUGUAGUGACUGUACUGGAAUCCAUUCUUUCUCCUGAAGCCAUGAAGAAUGGCAUGCCAACUGUUUCCCGGCUUCUGCAAAUGCCGCUGUUCAGUGAUGUCCUUUUAACAAAUUCAGAAAAAACACAGUUUAAGAUUCCCACCAAGUUAAAAGAAGCACUGAAGACUGCCAAAGAAAGCAUAGAGAAAAGACUAGCGGAAGAGCAGAAACUGAUUCAUCAUCACAGAAGGCUGACAAGAGCUCAGUCUCAUCAUGGAUCAGAGGAAGAGAAGAAAAGGAGGAAGAUCUUGGCACGAAAAAAGUCUAAACGCUCAGCCUUUGAGAGUGGAGAAGAACAAACAAUGAAAUACAGCAACUCCAACAAUUCAGCAGGUUCUGGGGCAAGUUCACCCCUGACAUCGCCUUCCUCCCCUGUUCCACCUUCUACAACAGGCGCCUCAACAAUUCCUUCUCCACCUCCGCCACCAGCAGCUCCCCCACCUCCUCCUAAUUUGGAUGUGCCAAUUCAGCCUGACCCACGGCCUAACAGCACAAGCCGGGGCGCCUUACUUAGUUCCAUUCAGAAUUUCCAGAAAGGAGCUUUGAAGAAAACAGAAACCUCUGACUACAGUGCUCCCAAAAUCAGCUGAAACAGUUUCCAGCACCCAGCUUGGAUAGUCUAAUUUGUGUUCCAGGAACAACUCUUGUAAUAAUUUGAUUUAACCACUGCCUCUUGGUGGUUUGUUUUACAGAUGCCUGUUUAGAGCCAUUUCAAGCGGCUUUCCCCCCCUAGAGCAAUCUCUUAAUUGAGUAGCAGUACUGUAUCAGAUUACUUUGGCAUUUUGGAGGGUGACUUCAGGUUUAAAGGAACUCUUUUACAGAAUCUUGUUUUGGGAAGGUAGUGUUUCUUCUAAUAGAAUAAAAAGAAUAGCUCAGCAAUGACAAUUUAUUUCCUAGGAUCUGCUUCCAAGGGCUUCUGAAAGUCUAAACCCUGACACAUUGAUGUUUGAUCAAUUUAGUUUAGCUAUGCUAAAAAAAAUCACUUAUUCUGAAAGUUAAAACUCUGGUGGAAGACUGAAAUCUAAUUUUUUCACUUCCUGUGAAGUAUUGAGCUGGUCAAUGGACUAUUCUAAUACUUUUGAAGCACCUGUUCAUAAUCUCGCAUGUCCAUCCUUGUGAGAAUACUAUUCAAGACAUGACUUUUGGGUUAGCUGGGAACUGAGCUGUUUUUCACUUAGGCGGGAGUUGUAGGGAGUUUCCAUUAAACCAAAUUUAUCAUCAAUGUGAGAUGCAUCUUGAACCAGGAGUUUAAAAAAAGUUACUUUUUUGUGACAAAUGUCCUUUUUUCUGAUUUGUUCAAACCCUUAAACUGCACUUUAAGGAUUAUUAGUAAUCCAUUUUUAAAGUCAAGUAUACAUCAGUGUGUGUUACUAUGCAGAGAAUAUCAUUGUGUAUAAGAGUUCAUGUAACCUGUGAUAUACUCAAGUCAUAUUUUUAUUAAAAUAAAUGUCAAUAGAACUUCA